AUGCAGGACUUUCUGGACCGCCACGCAGAGGCCGCGCUUGAUGACCUGCUUGCGGACGAGAAGGGGCCGUUCAAUUUGGUGUGUCAAGAAUGCAAGACGGAGCUGGAGGAAGGGUCGGUAAUGUACCGCUGCUUCGAGUGCUUCAUGCCACCAGUUGUCUGCGAGGGCUGCAUCAUCCGUUCACACCGCCACAACCCUUUCCAUUUCGUCCAAGAAUGGGAGACGAGACGGCGGUUCUGGUUGCGGAAACCACUCACAGCCGUCGCGGGACUGGUGCUCGAAUUUGGACACGGGGGCUACAGUUGCAGUUACUCAACCACUCCACCCAGACCGAUGUGUAUCAUCUCCGAGCACGGUGUUCACGACGUGGCUGUCCGGUUCUGCGCGUGCAGGGACCGUAUCAGCGACAAGCCUGCCCCCGAGGCUACUCAGCUACUGCGCCAUGGGUUCUGGCCGGCUUCGUGGGACAAACCGCAUACUGCCUUCACGAUUCCUCUACUGAAAUUAUUUGCGCUGCUAUGCCACCAAGCCAAUGUCAGUGCGUAUGAUUUCUACAAAGUCAUGCGCCGCAAGACGGACAACAUAGAGCCGCACGAAGAUCGAUACCGUGAAUUUAUGACUGCGGCACGGACUUUUGACCACAUCACCAACCUUAAGCGUCAUGGGAGAAAGGUUCGCGAGCUUGUGUACGCGUCGCUCGCUAUUCUAUGUCCCGCAUGCCCUCAGCCAGGCAUCAACAUGGAACCAGGGUGGCGAUCGAGAGCGGAGGACCUGAGAUUCUUGGACGCCCUUUUCUAUGCCAUUGACGGGAACUUCCACGCGAACCUGAAAGAUAAACGCAUGGACGUAGAAGACUUUCCGCUUUCGAAAGGAGCGGCUUACUUCGCCGACGAAGAUGCGUUCGCAGGUUUCAGUGCCAAGCUGCCCCCACUGGGGCCAGAGCCCAGCACUUGUCACAAGUUCGAGGCCAUGGGAUACGGCCCUUAUUGGGGGAAAGUCUCCGGAACGGUGGGCCUCUUCUGCGCGCGACACAUGAUAGUGUUACCAGGGGGGCAUGUGGACUUGCAGAAGGGUGAACGGUUUGUCAACGUCGAUUUCGCUUCCGCUUCCGGGCUACAGCGAUGGAUGGACCUGUUGCUUCACUACUCCGCCUACGAUAUCAACUGUCAGUAUCGGCUGUACUUCGAAAAGCGGAUGAAGGAGCUAUGGGAGAUGCGAGAGCAGAUCGACGCCAUGAAAGUCAUACCAGAAAAGCCGUUCCCCAAGACGGUAGCAGGCGUCGGGAAAUUCCAUGCGUUGGGCCAUAACAAAGACUGCAGAGCGAAGUGGGGUAUCGGCCUACAACCGGGGGGUAACCAGGUUGACGGCGAAGCACCUGAACGAGUGUGGCCGUCCAUCAACGCCUUGGGAAAUCGGGUGCGAGAAAUGAACCCGGGGAACCGCCACGACCACAUGAACGCGCAAUACAGCGAUCAGAACAUCCGACGGGUUCAGAAAAUGCGUACGUGCGGCCUUUUCCUGCGCCACGGAGUAGGACUAAUCAAGGAUAUCUUAUAG